AUGCAUAUUGAUUGGAAUGAUUCCACAUACACAGUCUACAGCUAUACCAUUUCGUCGUUAUCGUUCUAUUCCUACGUAUUUGACUGGUUAUUCUACUUGUUGAUCCUCAGCACUUCCGUCAUCUAUGGACGAUUUGCACCUCCUCGGUUUCACGAGUUUCUGUUUCAAGAUAUUACCUUGAUGAACACUUACAAAACCGAAGCAGAAAGUGCAGUUCCACUUUGGCUCUUGGUGAUCAUCGGCUUUGGUUUGCCCCUAUUACAGUUCAUUUUUUGUUCAAUUUUGGGAAGACAUACGUUCACGUUAACAAGAAGAUUAUGGGAUAUCCACAGUGGAAUGCUUGUGCUUACUGGAAGUCUUGCCUGUCAACUCAUGGUGACAUGUAUUCUUAAAAAUAUAUGUGGCUUGCCAAGACCGGAUCUAUUGUCUCGAUGUGAGCCUGCCGCAAACGCUGUUUUAGAACCCUUCACGUUGGCCAAUGUUAAUGAUUGCACAACAGAUAGUACAGAAUUAUUGUGGGAAGGUUUCAGAUCGUUUCCUAGCGGGCAUCUGUCGACAGUAUUCUGCGGUAUGGUUAUCUCGAGCCUCAAUAUUGCUGCAAAGUUGCAAGUGUUUGACAAGAGAGGCCUUUCAAUCAAAGUGGUUCUUGCAAUAUUACCGUUGAUGGUGGCGUGUUUUGUUUCAUGCUCCAGAAUCAGUGAUAACAGGCAUUUUCUUAGAGAUAUCAUCGGGGGCUCUAUCAUCGGGUCAUGUAUUGGUACGUGGUUUUACCUUCAGUAUUUCCCCAGCAUCUUCAAUCUAGAAAAUGGAGGCAGAGCAUAUCCACCAAGAAGACUAGGGGUGGCCAAGUUCUUUAACAAUGUUGGUGGUUUUUGGAAAAUAGGAGAUGAGUUACCGGGAGCAUACAACGAACGGAUUUUAAACGACCCCAAGGUAUUUCCACUGGUGAGUCAGUUGGGAACUAUUAAUAGGGAUGACACAGUGGAUAUGUCGAGGAACAUCGACUUUUUCAAUUCCUUGAGAAAACGCAUCCCGUCCAACUUCAACCAAAGCCAAAGUCUGAGCACUCCUCUUCAACAUGUAUGA